AUGUCGACGGUUUCGCCCCGUUUGGUGCGAAGGGAAUCACCCGAUAGGAGUUUAGAACCAGCGCUCUCCAAUUUAUACCUUUCUACCGCAGCCGACCCUGAAUCGGACUUCCAGACAUCUGGAAUCAGGUUGACGCCCAUCGAAGACCGGGGCAGCGCAUGGAAUGGCUCUUCUUCCCCGCUCGACCACUCCAUCAACAACGUGUCGACACCAGGCAAUAAUGAGGGCUAUGGCACCUCCUACUCUGAUUUCCUAAGUCCGUCAGGCGAUUGGAUGAGUGACCAUACAUCUCCAGUCGAUUUCGUGAACGCCUGGUCACCGCCCAACGUUGCCCUCGCGCAGGAUACAGAGACACCCGCGCCAAAUCAGUUUAAUGACGGCCCAUCAUCUCCUCAAGCGACUAUGAACCCCUCCCAACUCCUCACACCGAAUCUGACCAACAAUCCAAGCCCAUCCUCAGACACGACAAGCGGUGGGUGCCACCGACUUUCUCGACCUCAUCCUCCUCCGAUGCCUCGCCUGAUUACAUCGCCGCUGAGCGAUACUCUUGGCCCCCACCAGGCUCCUGAAUCGGCCACAGCAAGAAGCCCAAUUGUUAAGGUCGAAAGUUAUUCACGGGGCGAUUCACCUGUCAGAGAUAGUUUCUCAACCAACCGCCGCCCGAGCCAGUCCUCCGUACAUCUUUCCCCAGGGGGUAUCUCUAAUGCAUCGGAAGAAGAUGUUACCAUGGAGACAGAGCGCCCUUCAGUACCAAGGUCAUCCGACGGGUCUUGGGUUCCGAAUAUGCGUACUGGCCAUUCUGGUCUCGCGCCAGAUGCUCGAAAAGAUGGAUAUAUCCUCAGCCCAAAUGAGAUGGACUCACGGCGAAAGUUGGCGGAGAGAAACGCCGAUAUCUAUCAUUGGUCCGAGGCCGUAUCGGAUGCUCAUAGUGAGACUGGUGAUGAUUGUCUGCAGUCCAAGAGGGGUCGUACCAGCCAUAGUUUCCCUAGGCGAAGAGCAAAAAGCACCGGGGACCCAUCCCUCCAAAAGGAUUAUUUCAGUUUGAAUUUCCAACCUAACCGACUCGAUGUCCCAGGACCAGGCCUUGUGCUCCGUGAGCCAAGUGAUUAUACCGACGAUGCAACGGAGUCGUCAGCUCCUGUCAGUGUGAAUGAAGAAAGGUGGACACACGAUGCAUCAGAGGUUACCCCCGCUGAGCCGCGCAACCCAGAAACGGAUGAGCCAGAUUCUUACCAGUAUCUUGAGUCCCCUCCAUGGUGUGACGUUGAACGAGAUUCGACUCCGCAUGAGACCCAUGUGCAGCCGGUCAGCUCUACCCAAGCGAUAAUUGAAUACGAGAAACGCACUAGAGAGAAUGACACUAUAUCCCGCGUCGCCACUUGGGGCACCCGUCACCGUGAUGACCAGAGCGUCCGAUCCCUCCAGUGGAUGAAUCGCGAUGGGAGAGAAAAGAAGCAUGAGAAGAAACCUAGUCUUCUCAGCAUCAACAAGUAUUGGCCGCAUGGGAAGUCCAAUAUUCUAAAGCGCACCAAGUCCGAACUCUCCACCAUCCAAACUGUUCCCGAAGGCGAAGACCAGGUCGUGGAAAGUAGGCCAAACCCCCAAAGGAAAGACAGCUCGGGUAGGAAACUGAGCCUCGGCCUUUCCCCAAGGUCUCCAGGUUACAGCAUCGGAGCAGUUGUUAGAGCUACGACGCCGAUGGCAGCCAUCGGUGGCCAGGACACUCUCAGUGCUGUAAGUCCAAGCGGGCCCGCAAAUUUUUGGAACCAUCGCAAGCCACGAUUUAGAAGCAUAAGUGAGAUACCUAGAGCACCAGGUCUAUUUGAGCUCUUUACAAACCACGGUGGUCCACCUGUUCCCAAUAUCAAAUCACCAGGCCAGCCCGCGGACGACGAACCCGUCAAGCAAGCAGAACUGGAUCAUGAUACUGCUGAGGAAGAAGAUGAUGACGAAAACGACGAAAAGGGGCUAGUCAUGGACUUUCCGAUACCACCACAUCUGCCAGUUCCGACUUUAGAAGGAUUUAGAACGCAGAUCCGCGAGCUCAACCCACGCCUCGAGUUUGGGUUAAUUGAUCGUUUCGCGCAUGAGCAGGUUCGGCGGUACAAGAGGCUGAUAGAGGUCAAGCAAACACACUCCCAAAAUGUCACCAACUACAAAUGCAAGUCAGGUGAAUACUGCUUAGGCAUGGGUGGCAGGGCGGUACUCUUACCACCCCGUGCAUCCGCUCAAGAUGCAGAUUCACACACUCAAUUCGUGAUCCCCAACCGCGGUGAGGCGGAAGGAAGCUCUGGAACUCUGGGGGAAACCACCAUUGCCACAGCCCAAUUCCCGCCUGGCGUACCGUACCCACCGCAACAGGUCAAAUUAUUGCCAGCCGAGUUUGAAUGUAUGGUUUGCUUCCAUGUGAAAAAGUUUCAGAAACCGUCGGAUUGGACCAAGCAUAUCUACGAAGACGUGCAACCAUUUACUUGCACAUUCCCGGACUGCCCUGAUCCUAAGUCCUUCAAAAGAAAAGCUGACUGGGUGCGUCAUGAGAACGAACGGCACCGGCAUCUGGAAUGGUGGGAAUGCUCUUUCGCCGAUUGUCGCCACAAGUGCUACCGGAAAGACAACUUCGUGCAGCAUCUUGUCCGUGAGCACAAGUUGCCGGAACCAAAGGUUAAAAGGCCCAAGAAUAAGAGAUCGUCAAAAAGGGGCCCGAACGAUCCGAUCACGCCUGAGAUGCAGGAAGAGAUCGAUCGCGAACGAGAGAUCCGCAAACUUUGGGACCUUGUGGAGAGCUGCCGGCACGACACGACAAAAAGCCCCAAAUCAGAGCCCUGUCGGUUCUGUGGCAAUGUCUGUACAAAUUGGAAGAAGCUCACCGUACAUCUGGCCAAACAUAUGGAGCAAAUGGCGAUACCAAUUUUGAGCCUUGUUGACGAACGAGAUUUUCCGUAUAACAACGGUGCCGCUUCGACUGGCAACGCGAGUACUCCAGUCCCCCCUAAAGCCAGCCCGUUUGAUAUGAAUGAAGUCAGCCCACACAUCGAUUUUGCACCAUCACAGUAUCCGCCGCCGUAUUUCACUACCGAUCCUCUACCCGUGGGCGGUGUGGUGCCCAGCCAGUUGAAUAAUUUCGAUACUGCCUCACCGUAUACGACACAUAAUACAGGAAUUCCUGGACCAGCUGACUCGGCUGGGGAGCAGGGGCAGGUAAUGACGAUGCCGCAGCAUCAAAUUCCGGCCUCCUACCCGCCGCCAUUCAACGGCGUGCCGCGACUAGGGGUCUCAAGUGAAAACCUAGGGGUGAUGACGGGAUUUAACGAUUUCUCCAUGUCCCCCACGGAGAUGCAGCACGAUCCACAUAGCGCAAUGUACGUGUCCAACGGGGCGACAAACCACUACACUACCUAUCACGGACCAAUGGCGGCAGACAUGCAGUAUAAUACUGGGGGGUACCAAGGCCAAGUCCAGUGA